UAUUAUUCUCUGGUUUUCAUUGUCAGCUGUCAACAAUGUCAACGAAUAUGCAAAAAUUUCUGGAAAAUAAAUAAUAGACAUUUGAUGCCUAGAUAUCCUGAAUCGGCGUAAUGUUUAUGUACCUAAUGGAUUUAAAUAAUCAUUCCAAGCAAAUGUUUGCACAUCAAUGGCUAUUUUCGAGAAAGAAACUUCUAAUAAAGUAUUGUUAGAUGAUACAGAACCAUUAUCAUGUACUAUUGAAAAUUGGAAAAGCGUUAACGGACACACGGAGUUCAUCAUUAAAGUACAUAGGGGACCAUUUUCUGAUGAGACAUGGAGAAUAUCCAAACGAUAUAAUGAUUUCUAUAAGCUUCAUACCCACCUACAAUCUUCAGGGCUACAAUUAUCAUUUCCUCCUAAGAAGCUUAUUGGCAACUUUGAUCCUGAUUUCAUUAAUGAAAGACUGAGAGGUUUACAGAAAUAUUUAAACUUGAUCCUUAUGAAUCCAAUACUAGUGUCUUCACUUCCGGCUAGAUCUUUUAUAGAUCCUGCCAACUAUUGCCAACCAUUUAGUGAAGUUGCACUUCAACAUGUAUCUUUAGCUCUUAGAGGUGAAGUAGGUUGGGAAGUAGCAACACCCCUAACAGAAAUAGGAUGGAGAAUUAGAAAACAUUAUUACCAUCUCAAGAACAAAAAUGCACCAAGUAGGGAAUUUUGGGCGAGUUGGACAGAUUUUGGACCAGAUAAAUAUUUGGACGAUAAAGACAUGCACAGUUUUUUCAAGAGUUUAUCGCAAUUACAGCACCCUUUCAUUCAUCCCGUAGAGAUGUGUUUAUGUAAUGAUGUUGGAGGUUUAGUUGUCAGAACUUACCAAAAAGAUGGAACUUUGAGAGAUCUUUUGUGCAAUUCUAAACCAAAGCAAUCUUUUCUGAAGAAGUAUGGAAAUCCGAAGGGGCACAAACACUUAGGAGAAAGUCAGAUAGCAUUAUAUGGUAGACAAAUACUUGAAGCUUUAUCAUUUAUGCAUGAUAAGGGAAUACCUUAUGGUCAUUUACACACAGGAAAUGUAGUCAUAGAAAACGGUAGGGUCAAAUUAUUGGACAUAGAAAAUGGUGUUCUUGGAGUGCCAUCAUUUUAUAGACCUUAUUUCAUGCAGCAUAGAAAGAUAAGUAGUUUGGAAGCUAUUGAUGUGUAUUGUUUUGGACACACAUUGUAUGAAAUGACAUUUGGUGCUCCGUUACAUGAAAGUAUAGUAGAAAACUUUCCAGAUUGUGCUCCACCAAUAAAAGCAGUAUUACAAUCAAUUUUAUCCUUUGACGCAUGUAAAUCAGGAUUACCAUCUAUUGACGAUUUGCUUAAUCAGCCGUUCUUCUCUUCGGCCACUACAAAUGCCACAAAUAAUGAAAAGAUAUUUUUCAAAUUGCCAAGCUCGACCAAGGAAAAGUUGAAACUUGUUCGCAAUCAAAUAGAAAACAGACUCAAAGAUGAACAAAAAAUGGUCAGGAGUCAGAAACGUCUUGUCAAAGUACAAGAAAUGAUGAGUUCAGAAGAAGAAAAAAAGAAGCAAAGACAUAAACAAAGACAUGAACAGAAGUUAUUUGUAAAAGAACAACAGAAGAAACAGGAAAAAUUGAGACAACAAUCUAUUGAUGGGGAAAAAGCUCAUAGUGGUAACAGUAGUACAGCUACUUCAGUAGGUACCGCAACACCUCCUUCAACAGGUUCACAUGUACCUUCUCCGCCUCCUCCUCCGCCACCGCCACCUAUGCUAUCUAAUGGGGAGGUUCUAGAACACCCAAUAUCUCCUCCAGAGUUUGCUGCUGAUGAUCGUUCUGCUUUAUUGGGUGCCAUAUGCAAUUUCAAUAAAUCAUCAUUACGUAAAUCACAAACAAAAAAAUAAAAUUAUGCUAUAAACUUUCUACUUAUAUAUUUUAUUGAUUGUGAUAUCUUCCUUCCUAUUUAUAUUAUAUAGAUGAUAUACCUAUGUAAAAAUGUGUGUAUUUUUAUCGUAAAACAACAUGUGUAAUAUAAUUCUCUAUUAAA